AUGGAAGUUGACAAACGUCGUACCUAUCCUCAAGGGAGAAGCACGACUCUGUCCGACCAACUACUGACCGGUGAGUGGCAUGCAUUUGCUGCAAACUGAUGGAAACGUUUGUUAAAAAUCAAUUACAUCACUCAAUACAUUCCGCUGUCACAACACUUCAGUUCAACAUGGCUUCUGCAAAAAUAGGUCUUGCCUCACAAACCUGCAUACGUCACUCGAACAUUGGUCAAAGGCCAGGGAUGAAGGACACCCAGUUGAUGUCAUUUACUUCGACUUCACCAAGGCGUUCGAUUGCGUCUCACUUAAGCGCCUCAUUCAAAAGUUGUCAGAAGUAGGGAUGGAAGGAAAUCUUCUGAACUGGAUUCAAGAUUACCUUAACGGUCUACGACAAAAAGUCAUUGCGGGUGGCUACUGCUCAGAAUGGACACCUGUUACAAUUGGAGUCUUACAGGGGUCAGUUCUUGGUCCGCUCCUAUUCAUUAUCUAUGUAAAUGACCUAGUACGGGAAGUGAACUCGGAAAUAGCGCGCUUUGCAGACGAUCUUAAACUUUGGAGAGCGAUAAAAGAUGAAGAUGUCGUCAAUAUAGUACAAGAGAACGUCAAGAAUUUGCACGCAUGGAGGGAGAAAUGGUGCAUGAAAUUCAACGUCAAAAAAUGUGCGGUAAUGCAAGUGGUAUCAGCGAGGCGAAGAACAAAUGCACCCACACGACAGUAUCUCCUUGACAAUCAACCAUUUUAAACCGUCGCUGUGCAAAAAGAACCUGGUGUAUUUAUUAAAGACGAUCUGGGCGCCACCACGCAGUGUUCUAAAGUCGCAGCGCGGGCGAUGCCAAUUAUGAGCGCAAUACACAAACCGUUUAAUUACUUGAAUAAAGAUGCACUUGACAAAGUAUACGGGACAUUUGUGCGGCCACACCUGGAAUAUGCGGUACAGGCUUAACGGCCGUGGCUUCGGAAGGAUAUAGAUAUCCUUGAAGGUGUACAACGGCGUGCUACAAAGGCUGUUCAUGGCCUCAAAAAUGUCACGUAUGAGCAGCGCCUGACGGCCUUGAACCUCUAUCCCCUCCACUACACGCAGGAGAGAGGUGACCUCCUAGCAACGUUCCAGGUGGUAAAAGUACUUAAUCUGGAUGUCGGCUGGGAAACGUUUUUUGAAAUGACAGACGAGUCUAAUCUCAGACGACAUUAUUACCAGCUUAAAAUGGAACUAUGCAUCACAAAUCAACGUUCCUCCUUUUUCUCACAGAGGGACAUUCGCCAAUGGAACUCGUUGCCGGAGUAUGUUGUUAAUUCUCCUACCGUGAACGUGUGCAAAAGACAACUGGAUGCUCACCUGCUGAAAGGCAACCUGAAUUGCCGAAGCUCGAUCUAACGGAUUACGGAAAUGACUAUACAUAUACCACUAACAGGAUUAUUACAGAUCCUUUUUUGUGCGAUACACUUAGCUCAUAUGGAAAUUUUCACAGUCCGAGUGCGGUAAACAAAGUUUUUCGCAGUUAUUUCGCGAAUUUCUUACCAAUUUCGCCUUUAUUUUACAUUAUUAGAUUUAUGAAAUCUCCUAACUAAAACUGCAAGCAAAUGUUUUGCAAUUUAACUAUUUUCCCUUACAUCUGUACCCUCUAAAUGGAGCUUUCAGGGCUUCUAUCGUUUACUCCAAAUAUACUGACUGAGUCUGAAUCAACGACUACUUCUCACGACCUCAUUCCAUAACUCAAAGUCCGUUAUCUUGUAAAAUUUACUUCUUGUUUAUUGUCUGGUUACCGCUCCCAUUUCCGUCGGCGUAAGAUAACGUAGGAUAUGACUUCCUGUAUAAAUCCAGGCGAUCUGUGUUUUCUUUCAUUUUGUCGGCCAACUGUUUAGCAUGCUGCCCCUUUACUAUUAAGCUCGUAUGCCACAAUCCACAAUCUACUGACAGUUAAAAGGGGUCCUUCUCUAUAGCGUUGUCAACUCGCCGUCAGGCUGUCUCCUUAUGGCCUCUUUAAGUCCAGUGUGGCUGCUUAGUCCUGAGAUUUACGUACGUGAUAACCAAGGACAUUUGUGGGCUGCAGGAAGGUCCAACGCCCGUUCGUGGAGUCGGAAUCGGAGUAGCAAAACUCUAGUGUUAGCCGUUCUGCUUCUGUUUUCCACAGCCUGAGAUAACAGCACUCCGGAGAUCGAAAUUUUGCCUAGUUUCCCCAACGGGCGUUGCUGGUUGACAGUUUAGGUCUAACAUCUGAAUCGACGAUUUGUGCUCUUGUAGGCGGAUCUGGAAUAUCCGCCCCGCUGCCCCAGCAUAUUUACAGUCGCCCUCAUUGUAACUUAUUUUGUGGACAACUGCUGAGAUUUCAGCGGGUGGCAGUGUGUCCUUAGAUUGCAUCAGACGUCGCCGAAUUACUACCUGUGUUUUAUGCUUAUGCGUAAUCUGGGGGCUUGUAGCACUUGAGACACCGUCAUGGAGACCCCAUUAACGUAGGAGCUGACCUUCCGAAAUUCGGCUUACUGUUCAUUUGGCCGUCGUCUGUGUGUUGGGCGUCUGUUUCUCUUAGUAAACUUUCAAGGAUAAACAAUGUCUUCAAAUAGGUCCUGCAGGUACGUUCGUUCGACCCUUUUAUAGUCUGGCAUGCUGCUGUACUUUACGAAUCUUUGUAAUAGAGUGUGGACGCAUCUGGUUUCUUAAGUUUUUUUGAGCAGAAAAUUUACUUAAAUAUGAAAAAGACAACACUUACAAUUCCAGAGAGUCAGUUAAGUUCAGUCAGAUCCAGUUUUUUGGGAGAAUCGUACGUGCUGAACCUCUGAGCUCUCUGUUUGUUACUAGGAAGUGAAUUAAAAGAGCGUUCUGAAAAUAAAAACAUCAGACAUCUACAUAAUCAUUUUCGAAACAAUGCAGUAAAACUAAUUGGUUCAAACCUUAAAAACACUGAUAUUAUUAGGCGCACUACACAGUAAUCAGCCUAUACCUAAUUGUACGAUCUCAGUACGUAGUGAAUGCCGAAAUUCCCAUUCAAUGGACAUCGGACGGUAACAAAAUAUAAAAACAUAACGUUACUGAUAUACAGUGCGUAGUGUUACAUAAACAAUAAACUGUUAGAACGCAGCUGAAAGUCGAUAUCGGUCGAGUGACAUUAUGAUGUGUGGUGGGAUGCUUCUCCGACUUGCGCUCAAAGUCUCGACCGAUGUAAACAUGACAAAAUCUUCAGGCAAAGCAUUUCAAGUUUCAAUCACUCUGUUGGAAAAGAAGAACUUUUGCGUGUCAAGGCCAGCGCCAGUCACAUGUAGUUUGAGUGGAUAACCUCAAAGUUUUGUUGUUGCAGCUAGUUCAAAGAAGUCUGCAGGUAAAAGACGGCAGAGUCCUUUUUAAAGGAGCCGAUCUGUCUUGCAUCCUCAUAAAAUCACAGACAAAGACAAGGAAGACUGGAAUGGCCAUUUCUGGCUUAUUAGCCGUCGUCAGCCAGCCAAACCCAAGCCCGGAGGCUGUAACACCCGAGUCCCAAACUCGCGAUCUGUUGGUGUAGAAGUCCACGUCUCUACCCAGCGGACCACGAGCCCGUUGCCCUGUCGGUUUUCGAUCGGGAAUAUACAGUGGUAGGGGGCGCUCACCGAUCGCAAAUACGGAACUCACUCGUUCCGUUGUCGGUAAUAGCAUUCUGCCUAUAUAUCAUGCGCCGCUGUGCGGCUGCUGGUUGGGCUCGAGAGAGAGCCCUUAAGGCACGACGGAACGAGUGAGUUCCGUAUGAACGAUCGGUCAGCGCCGCCUACCAUUGUAUAUUCCCGAUCGAAAACCGGCAGGGCAACGAGUUCGUGGCCCGGUGGGUAGAGGCGUGGACUUCUACACCAACAGAUCGCGAGUUUGGAGCUCGAGUGUUCCAGCCUCCGGGCUUGGGUUUGACUGGCUGACGACGGCUAAUAAGCCAGAAAUGGCCAUUCCAGUCUCCCUUGUCUUUGUCGGUAAUAAUAUUCUGCCCAUAUAUACAUAUAAUGAUAGGGCGCUCACCGAUCGUUCUUACGGAACUCACUCCUUGCGUUGUGCCUUACGAGCCUUACGUAUGUGCCGCAUUCAUAUAGUAAGUAAUCCAUAUGCAGUGUCAAUGCGCGCGCUUUGACACGCAUGACGUUUUUCGUAAAAUGCAAAUUACCUACGCUUUGGCGAAAGAGAGCACACACACACUCACUUUACAUGGGCUGUAUCACGUAUCCCAUGCAAUGUCGUCCAUACUUUUUUGUAAAAGUUGAAGAUGCCUUCCAUACUUAAUUUUAUUUUUAAGGUGGAUUUCAAGGAAGAGCCCGUUCCUCUUCCUAUGGAAUAUAAACUUUCCAUCUAAAGCUACGUUAUUAUGCGAAAUGUAACGCAUGCGCAACCGCUAAGUUUGAAGCAGACAGGUUUUUAUUCAGGUUUCUGAGGAUGCGAUUUGUUGCGUAAAAUGUCAGCGCCUUGCAAACAAUUCUGGUAAUCAACCUGAUCAAUUGUUAAUAAAUGGAGAGAGAUAGAUGAAGUUGAUCAUAAAAUUGGCUUAUUUACGCCACAAAUUACGGCUUCCAUUUCAAUUCGUUGCAAUAUAAUUAGGCAACUUGUCAGUGGACCGGGAAUUUCAUGACACAUAACCAUUUUUCUACGUGCAUAUUAAACAUUUACAGACCAAAUCAGCAAUUUCGAUAAUUCUAGUAAGAAGCCGUGUGCUGCCCGUAUAUAAGAUUAUUAUUUUUAAAACAACUCAGAAAUUUUACUUUACCAUGCGCAUGAAAAUAAUGCCAAAUAAUGUUGUUUAUUUGAUGCAAGCGGAAAGUCUGUCCACCAGCAGAUGUUGCGUUUAGAUAUAAAGAAUCACGACUCCUCAUUCAUUCCCAUGGCUAUCAUCAUAAUCACUGCAUUGUUCAAUGCGCUGAAGUUGUUUAGUAGUAAUGCGAUUUUUCGUCCCACACCAGCCCUCUUCUGGCACAGUCUCAUUUCCAUCCCUCUCUUCAAAUAAUCUGGUCCACUGCACCAAACUGCCGCUGUCACACACGACUACAGUAUUACGUAUUGUACACGACGUAUAUUUUUCCAUGUACCCUACAAAUAGGUAAUAACAUCACUUUAUUAAAAUAUAUGCAAAAAUGUGUCUUUUUUAACCGAACUCAUGCUGCUCGUCUGUCGCGGAAUGGUAAAGUUAUUCAAAUGUUGCGAUUGAAAGUAAAAUCGAUUUAGUUGGACUGUUGCAAGUUAUGGAAUCUGCCACAGCGUCCCAGUGUAGGCCGAAGACGCUGUGUCACGAAGCCAAAGAAAUUAUUCGUGCCUAGAAAAGCAAAUCGGUCAAAGAAGAGAGCACGGCAUUUAGUGCAUACGCUACCUACGAGAUGUUCAUCUAACGGAGUCUUUCGGUGGACGUUUUGGAGGUAGGCGAGAUUGCAUUUGCAGAGCCGGAGCAGCAAUAGCUUUGGCGUUCAGCACAUGUUUGUCUUCCGUCUUCGUGUCAUCAAUUAGGUCAGCGUCUUUGGUGACUUACAUGCAUGUAUGAAAAAUGCAAAAAAGUCGUCACAGAUGGAACCGUGAUACCCGUUGUUUAUAUGAAAGCUCAAGUGAGAAUUCUACUGCGUCUACUGUGUGUGUGCUGUGCUAAGCAUAGUUUUUCACUUCCGUUUAUGUCAUGUCGUAGGGCUCUCACAAUGGAUUACUCUUGCCCCAGUGUCACUGCUAUUGUUGCAUCAACUCGGGUGUUCCGAGAUUCCUCCUAAAAAUAAGCGGGGACAAAUGUCUUUAGACUGUGUCGCUUUCGUAUGUUCUCAUUUUGUGCCUUUUUUUCCAUGUAUUUCAGCCAAAUAAAAAUAACGUGCACAUGUUUUUUUAUAACAAAGCCAUGACCAGUAUCGAUAUGUGCGUUUGCACGCAGACUGUUAAGGUGUUGACGCAUCAGGUGUAAAGCACAUUAUUCAGCAUUAACAUUCCUUGCGAUUAGACGCGUUGCAUAUUUAAAUUUCAAUUACAUCCUACUGUGAAAAUAAAAUACCCAUUUCUCCAAAUGUCUAAUAGUGAGUAUUAGGUUAUACUAGAAGUAUGGGGAGUGUGUAGACAUCUACAAUAGCCGUGUAUGUUUCCAGUUAUGCACGUAAUUCUUAGGUACUAUGAUGCCUGAAAUGGUUGCUAGAUUUUAUUUAGUACAACGUUACAAAUAUGUGGUAUAUUUGAAUGGAUAUAAGCUAUCUUCAGACACCACAUCACUAGCACGUCAAUUUGAUUAAAUCGCAUGUUUUAAGGAUUUUACUAAUUUAAACAGAUCUGUUCAGCGGUUUAAUAGUAAUGUUAUUUUUCGUUCCACGCCGUCCCUCCUCGGAUACUGACUCCCAUUUCCACUCCUCUCUUCAAAUAAUCUUGUCCAGUGCAUCAGACCGCUGCUGUCACUCAUGACCACAGUAUUACAUAUUGUAAACGACGUAUAUUAUUCCAUGUAGCCUUCCAAUAUGUAACAACAUCACUUUGUUGACAUUUAGACAAGUGUGUGUCUUUUUUAUUGACCUCUUGCUGCCUUUCGGUUGCGGCUUGCUCAAUUCAUUCAAACGUUUUGAUUGAGAGUAAAAUCGAUUCAGUUGGACUGUAGCAAGUUAUGGGCGCUCGCACUUGCGCCAGAGACAAUGCCCAUAACCGCAUGCGCGUUUAACUACAUUAAGGCAUACCGAUGAUCCAGUGACCUAAUCCCCAAGAUCCAAUAACGGUAUUAAUUAGUAAAGCAUAUGUUUCGCAUGCGAUUUACAGGGGAACAUGGAGAAAUUGUAGAUCGGCAUGAGUAAGCGGUAGCGUCGUCGACCACUGGGACAUCUACCACAGCCUGCCAGUGUAGGCUGAAUGCGGCCAAAGAAAUCAUUCAUGCAUAAAAAUGCAAUUUGGUCAAGGAAGAGAGCACGACAUUUGGUACAUAUAAUACAUACGAGAUGUUCAUCUAAACGAGUCUUGAGCAUGCGUUGCAGUGAUCUUUUUUGGAGGUAAGCAAAAUUGCAUUUGGAGAGGCGGAGCAACAGUGGCGCUGGCGUUCAACAAAUAUUUGUCAUCCGUCUUCGUGUCAUCAAUUAGGUCAGCGUCUUUGGUGACUUAUCAGAUGCAGUAGGGGUGGGCAAUCUCCAUCGGAUUACACUUUCCCGUAUAGGAUCAAAGGACUGAAGUAGACUGCUAACUGUCCGUGGACGCGCUGAAGAAACAAAAUUCAAGGCUUUGACGGAAAUGUCUCAGGGUCAACUAGAUUGCAAGUCAUUUCAGCCAGAUAUAUUGAGGAAUGACUGGGCAGGCGACACUUUCUUGGAGAAGAGGGUGAAUGCCUCUGCUAAAACAAAAAUAGGCUUUUGAGGAAGAGGGCCAAUAUUUACUAGGGAAGUAUCCACCUCCGUGAGAGAGGAGUUACGGGAGCGAAGUGCGUCAUCAAAUGCGGACUGUCUUAUCAUUUAGUUCAAGUGGCCACUCUGAAUCCCAAAGGCAUAAAAUGUGUCCUCCCUCCUCUUAUAUCUGUAUUUCAAGAAAUAGCCCGUUAUAAAAAAAAUUUCGCUUCUUAAAGAACAUAAAUAUUCCGUAGAAAGUUACGUUGUUACGCCAAAUGUUAGAAAUACGGUACCGUUAAGUUUUAAAAAGACCGGUUCUCCCUCAGUAUCUCGCAUUCAGGUUCAUGUGCAUAUAAUUUGUCGCUUGAGAAGUCAGCGCCUUGUAAACAGUUCUGGGGAUCAACCUGAACAAUUGUUAAUAAAAUGGAGAAUGUUAGAAGGACGUUAAAAUAAACUCGGCUUAUUUACAACCAAAAAAUUUUGCUUCUGUUUUACUUCGUUAAAAUAUUAUUAGGCAACUGUUCAUUGGACGGGGAAUUUCAUGAUACAUCACUAUUUUUCUAAGUGCAUAUCAAAUAUGCACAAACCAAAUCAGCAAUUUCGAUAAUUCUAGUAAGGAGCCGUGUGCUGCCAGCAAUAUCCAGUGUAUAUAAGAUUAUUAUGGUUAAAAUAACACAGAAAUUUUACUUAACCAUGCGCAUGAAAAUAACGCCAAAGAAGGUUGUUUAUUUGAUGCAAGUGGAAAGUCCGUCCACCAGCAGAUGUAUCGUUUUAACAUAAAGAAUCACGACCCCUCAUUCAUUCCCAUGGCUACCAUCAUAAUCGCUGCAUUGUUCAAUGUGCACAAGUUGACACAAUACGUUGUUUAAAUGCUUUACUCUUUUAUCAUAUAAUUGCUAUUUGCACCUAGAAAAUUGCUUUAAAAGGGGCCAUUUCAUGUAGCAAUUAACACUUGCUUGAAAUAAACGAAACUUAUGCGAAUCAGGAUGGAAGAAUAAUAAACUUGAAUUAUAGUGACGGUUUUUCAGCAGCUUUUGCAUUUGUCAAAGUGCAAAGGCGAAAUAUAUUGCUAGAAAAGAAAGUUAAAAUAUGACUAGAGGAUUCGCCGUGUGUAUAGAGGGUCAAAGACUGUUAGAGUUGUAAAUCUUUGUAGCCAUAGUUUAAAUACAAAACCUAAUCCACACAUGCACGCCAGAAAUGUAAGUAUGGAUAAUGACACUACACAAGACGAUAAACAAUUAUAGAAAGAGACAUUUACUGCGUUCACCAGCGUCACACCCGGUCUUUGUGGCUAUUUGCCCUUAAUAGUUUGGCUGAAAAAUGUCAUAAAGCACAGCCUCUUUUUAUAAAACUGCAAAUUUAUUUGAACACAGCUAAUACACAUUUCUCAUCUACAAAUGCAGUAUAGUUGCGAUGCAAAUGUAAAUAAGAUAAUCGCUGUUAAUCUUCAGCCACAUACGUUGCAAAUGCUGCAAUCAUUUGUCGGGUCAUAUAUGACUUACAUCGUCACCUGUACUAUCGAUGGGCAGGUCAAUCAUGUGGAUGGCUUUUGACGAAGAUGAUGCGACUUAAUUAUUCCGUCUUUAUAAAUUUUGUUUUUGACAAUUUUAGUUAGGGACAGUCAUAGUCAAUGUCCUCUGACGCUCGCACCAGCAUAGCAAAACUUCUCUGUUCAUAUGUUUGGAAUAAAACGAUUAACAAUCCUGUAUAUAUGCCAAACUAUAGCGUAGAUUAUCUGUUUCUGUGUUACGCAAAAUGCAAUGAUGAAUGCAUGCAUUGAAAAACCCAACAAAUGGAUGCAGACAAGUUGUUUUCGAAAACAACGCAGUGUCUGAACAGAUGUCGUCGGGCGUACGGGUGUCUUGUCUGACUUCGAAAUUGCUUUUACAUAUCUUCCCUCAUUCAGUAUGAAAUGUAAUUCACCCUCUACUGGCGUGGAUCAAGUUUCUAAUGGCUGACCGGCUAGGACGGGUUGGCUAUGGCAUGGAAGGGGGAAGUAUGCAUAGGUUGGAGCAUGUAGUCAUUGUCCCCAGGGCUCUUAAUGCUUAUUUCUCGUUAUAAGCAAUUGACGUGUCCUUAACCUAUAAUAAUUCUCCGGUUGCCGUUGCUUGGAGAUAAUUCAUUUUUCUCAACAAUGGAUGUCAGGCUGUGAUAGAUGCUUCUUAAUGUUAUUUCUACGGCAUUCCCAUUCAGUACGAUCCGAAUCUGGUCCAUCGUGCGCGGACUAGGCGAGUAUGUGUCAUUGCUGUUCAGCAAUGUCAGCCACGAAUCCUGAUACUAUCUUAAAUCCUUCUGUCAUUACGACCCAUUGCAUUACUAACUCCCCCACCCCAAACUCAGGCUCAAGCUCUGUAGAUUAAUUUUGUUUUUAAAUGUUACGUCCUGUGAAGAGAUAACUGAUUUUUUUCAACACUGUGGUUCAGGCUGUUAUAGUUGCUUCCUCAUGUGGCUUCUACAGCACUCCAAUUAAGUAAGAUCCUACGAGAAUGUGUCAUACACAGGCGGGCUGUUUAGCAUAGCGUCCGCCACUUUGCCCGAUACCGCCUCAGAUCCUUCUGACUCGGUCCUCUCAACGAGGUCAGAUGGGUGUGGGACGAGUGAGACAACAUGUUGUGGAGCACACAGCGGAAAUCGUUCCUCAUCAUGGUAUAAAUGUCAUUAUGACCCAUUGCAUAAAUAACUCCCCCUUUUCGGGCUUACGCUGAGUAAAUGCAUUUCAGUUUAAAAGCAUAGCCUGAUGGCUUAAUGCUUCAACUCAAUACUUCAACUAAUGCUUCAACUGGAAACUUUGUAGACAUCAAAUCAGGCUUCACUUCGGACUAAAUACGUCUGAUCAAAUUGUUUGUCACCAAGCGGCUGGAGUGAAUUGUGGUCCAAAGUAAACUCUCAUUAUCUUAUUCUUAUGCAGUACGAGGAACUUCCUAUGAGCACUGAGUAAUCUGCCUUAUGAAACAGGCAUUAAUAUAUGAAACGUCACAAAAAAUGCUGAUAUAAGCCAAAAAGCAAUCAACUUGAUAUUAAACGAACCAUAAACAAACUACAGAAAAACGGAAUUGCAAAAAAUUAUAAUGUCGCGUAUUUGAGAUUGCGACGGCCGAACUGGCUUUAUGACUCUUCUACAAAUUAUCUUCCCCCAACCUCAAACUCGCCAUGGAGAGCAAAAUAGUUAGGGUCUUUUCUCCACCUAGACUAUUGUGGCAGACUCCUACGGUUUAAAUCACUCACGUUACAAAAAUAUAAUCAAGUAUUCACUAUUUCUGUCCUGGGAAGUCCUUCUAAUCGACAAAUUGUUUUUUUAAAAAUAAAAAACAGGCCUCGAUUACAACGCACAGGUAAAGCGGCUUUUUCGGAGUCAGCCAUUUAGGGUGAAUGUAAGUACAGAGCAUAAACACAGACUGCAAUGGGCCUAUGUAGAACGAGACCUUUUCUAUGCAACCCCCUGCCUGACAUCAUAUUUUGUGUGUGCAGAUGUUAUUAAUCCAGCAAUAGGAAUGGUUUUUGAGAGACAAUCAGAGAAAAAAACUGUACCGGUCCGCCAUAAAGUCUCGGAAAAAUCAAAUCCCUGGCAAACACCAACAUGUCUAAAGGCAUUGAAGACUAUCGUGAAAUUAACAGGUCUCCGGCACUUUAACAGAUCUGGUCAACAUUUUGCACACCAGAAAUGCCAACAACGGUGACAAUUAAAAGCACAUGGGCUGUGAAAAAGGCUGAGAACAAAACAUCGAAUCUUGAUACUAUGCUUAAUUUCCAACUAUAGCAUUUGUCCUAAGUGAGAAUUGCUUGCCCGUUGGCGACUCGUUGUAUCCUCUAUCAUGCUAAUACGGUUGUUCCUAAUAUUGCAUCUCGUCUAGAACCAUCCAACACUAAAACCUUGGCCUGCUUAUUCCGCAAAUUAUUGGAGUAACCUUAGUAAUAUUCGUCUGCUGUGGUCUUCAAUGACGUUUUACUAGGGAGUAAGUCACUGCAAAGUAACCCCUUUUAUAACUGCACGUGGAAGCAGGGGAGAGUAUGUCGUAUAAUCUACACCUUAUCGAAAAACAUCUUUUAACGUCGUUUUUCUAUCAAACGCGCAAUGAUGCUCUUAUGUAAAGGCGUAAACCUCCUAAAAAGGCUUCCACACAAGGGCAUGGUAUUCUAGGUUCAGCCAUGAUUGUUAUAAGCGCCGCCUCGGUAUCAAGUAAAUCAGUGGAGUAGUCCUCAACGUAUGCUUAUUGAUGUCCAAAGGACUUACUAUAUUAACCAAAUGCACAUCUACAAAUUAUCCUCUCCUAAUUGCAAACCCGCCAUAAAAAACAACAUUUUUGGUUUUUUUCCUUCAUCUUAACUAUUGCGACAGACUCCUAUGAUUUCAAUCACAUAAGUUGCAAGAACGUCAUAACAAAAUCACUAUUUCUGUCAUUGCAAGUCCUUUUUUUAUUAACAAAAUGUAUUUUUAAAUAAAAAAACAGGGUUGGAUUCCAAUGGACAUUUAAAGCAUAUAUGCGACACCGAGCACAAACAACAUGGGGCGUAUGUAGAACGAUAUUCCUGCUAUGUAAACCAACUGUCAGAUAUCAUCUUUCAUCUGUGCAAAUGUUUUUAAUCGGGCAAUAAGCAUGGUUUUAGACAGACGAUGAGAACAUGAAUAUAGCUGACUGUUAUACAGUCACGGAAAUAUCAUGUCACUAGCAAACACCAGCAUAUCUAAAGGCAUUGAAUACUAUCGUGAAAUCUACAGGUAUCCGCCACCGGGACAUAUUUGGUCAAUUAUCUGCACACCAAAAUACCGGAAACGGUGACAAUUAGUGGCAUAUUGGCUGUAAAAAUGCUACAAAAAACACCGGAUCGUGAUUAUAUGCUUACUUUCCAACUAUAGCAUUUGUCCCAAGUAAGCAUUGCUUGCCCGUUGGCGACGCAUCUUAUCCUCUAUCGUGCUAGGACAGUUGAUUCUAAUAUUGCAUCUCGUAUAGAAUCAUGCAACACUGAACUGUUGGACUGCCUAGUCCGUAAUUUAUUUGAGCAACCUGAAUAUAAUUCGUCAGCUGUGGCCUUCGACGGAAUCUUGCUUGGGAGUAAGUAACUGCAAAAUAUCUUUUUUAUAACUUCACAUGAAGGCUUCCAAACAAGGGCGUGGAAUUCGAGAGUAAGCCGUGUGGGCAAGUGUGCACAACACAUUAAAUUAAUGCGAGGUACAUGUCCAUAAUGUUGAUAUAAUGCAAGAUCUUAGUUGAAACAUGCCUGCCUCAUGCUGCCUUGCUUUAUUGGUAGGCGUUCAAACCUGCUACCGCGUUAGAGGUCAUUUGAUUGGUUCAUGUUUCAUUCCGAACAUUGUUUUUAACGUCAAUCAAGCCUAUUUUGGUAACGUUAUGUGCGUCAGUCAGACGAAUUCAGAAAAUGUAUAAAUAUAGGAAACCUAGAAGCGUUUCACUUACACAAGAAGUCUAGAAAGUAAGUUACAGCAGCAUCAUGCUCCGACAUCGUCCCGAUCUUGGGUGAUUGUAUCGUGCGCAUUUAUAUUAUAAUAUUUCAUUGCACUGAUAGUAACUUUACCGCAUUUUAGUGCCAUUAUUUACACUUGGCAUUUUGUGCGCAUUCUUCAUUAUAACAUUUGGUAAGUACCUUGACAAUAUUAGAUGUUCCUUAAUAACUUGGUUCGCCAUAAUUUUCGAAAAAGAAUCAAUCGUGUGUACCUGAAUGCUUGUUUGCCUAUGCUAACUUCUAGGUAAUUACGAUAACACUUUCCAUGUACAACCGAAUGCAAACUUUACAGUCAUGUGGCUUUCUGCAGGAAAGCCGACAGUGAGUCUCCAUAUCCAUGCGAUAAGCUGUCUUUGUCUAAAAUUUUAAGCUUUUUAAUUUUUAAAAUUGUCAUUUGGUAUGGUGCUUUUGUAGUCAGUUAUGCUAGGGAAUAUGUCAGUUCCGCAAGGCGACCGCUCAAAUCCUUGCAAAGUUGGAGAAUUCUGCUGGCAGUUGCUGAGUGGUAAGUAUUUGCUCACAACAGGUCUUCCUUUCGAUCAAGUGUCAUCCUAUAACUCCCUCCUAUUUGACACUUCUGAUUGUUAAGAUGAAGUUGACAAAUUUAAAGCCAGCUAUAAAAACAUGCGUUUGCUUUUUAGAUAAGCAAUACUCAUCGCUUCAGACACAAUCAGUGCCUGGAAAUGGAAUUAUUUUUUUAACAGCAAAUGAUAGCCGUCAUUCCACUUCUGAAAUUUUCGUCAAAAGUAUUAACGGAUCUUCGCCAAGUAAAUCCGAUAUGUUUAUAUAAUAUUUUGUAUGCUAUGCAGGUUACAUUAUACAAUCAUAUUUUACUGAUAAUUUUUAUUGUAUAAUUUAGGGCGGCAUAUGUCGGUAUAAGCGUUUGCCAAGAACUAGACACCUAAAACUGUAGGCGGUUUGCUCAAGUGCGCUUGGAAUGCAUCCAGUGACUAUCCGUCGUAUUUGAGUUCCCCAAGCGAAUAAAAACACAAAAACGGGUUUCGCAGUCGAGCGCUAGCAAUGGAAUAACGACAAUUAUGACCGCGGUGACAGUUCGACCAUCGGUUUCGAUGAUGUCCACCGUGUGCUCCACAGUUGCAGCAGCAAUGGGAUCAGGGACGGUGACUUACGCAGGGGUUUAUAGUGCCGGUAGACUUGCGUAGCAUCUACCUACACUCUCUCCUCCUCCCUCGCCCAAGCCAGGUGUCAAGACGGAGUCAAGAAGACCGGAGACGAAGGAGGCCGCAGAUGGAUGGCUCGGACGGAUCCUCACCUUGGCGUUCCAUCACACCGCCUGGUCCACACAACAAAUGACCAGUAUUUUAACCAGCACAACAGAUAUUGGAGGCUGCCACGACCGAAGCCGCACCUAGGCAUGCCACCAACGCGGUAGAAGGAUUAUUGCAGCAUAAAUGGCAGGCAUGAGGGCAACAACUCUCAGGUCUGGUCAUAUAAGUGUGGGGUUGUAGGGUAGAUUAAACAGAUGGUAUCGCCAGUCCGAAAGAAAUAAGGGCGCAUUAAAUGUGCCACCAGACUGACGUCAGAUACUUUCAAAAGAUGCAAAAGGUCAUAGGAACUUUCUGUAUUAUGAAGUGUAUUCUUACAAACGAUUUAAAUUGCCUAAGACCAAAUAAGACUUUGUAACCCGGGAUGGGAAUAUUUAAAAUAGCGGAAGAACACCUUUCAAAACACGAUUGUUGAUUUUUUUUCGCAAAUAUAAACGAAAUUAUUGCAUAUUUCGGGAACGUUAAAAACCUGUUUAACAUGCAGAUUCAACGUUCCCGGAAGAAGUGGGUUCACGUGGAGAGCUUCAUAUAG